AAACUCUUGGGAGGAAUUAACUACAAAAGCUCAGAAACAUGGCGAGCAAGCCAGUGGAAAUGUUUUGCGUCAGUUGUUUUGUUAUUCUGUUUGUUGUUGCGACUCAUUCGGCAGGAAAUACAGAUGUCCUUAUUUCUUACGAUGUUCCACAGUCUUCACAGCUGGAUGCCUUUGUGAGUGUGUUGGAUUUGAAGUCUGUGCAUAGUAAUACCCGUUACCGACGAGCUGUGGAUAACACUACAGGACAAGAUACAAGUACGUCCACCCAAACUCCCCCCACCACUACUACUACAAAGGUGACUACUACAGUGCCAGUCACAACCACAGUGCCGACUACACAGACUACAAGCACCAAGCAUCCUACAACUACAAGACUGACCACAACAGAGUCACUGGCAAAAUCAAGGACCACUCAAGAAUCGGUGACAAAGAAGAAAAUUUUAAUGAAUAAUCAUGCCUAUUAUGAAUCGAGGAUUGUACCUGAAAGUGUGACUGAUCACUGGGUGGACCUGAAAAAUGCAAAAAGACACAAAACUUUGUCAGAAAAUCAUCGAACAGCAGUUACCAUUCCACUCAGCUUUAAAUUUCGAUUUUACGGCCACAAUAUAACAAAAGUUACCGUGGCGACAGGUGGUUUUAUCUAUGCCAGUCCAUUUCUACAUCAGUGGCUGACAGCAACACAGUAUAUUGCACCACUGAUGGCAAACUUCGAUACUACCAUGGGGAAAGCAUCUGAUAUCUUUUAUGAUGAUUUUGGUGAUCGAUUUGUUGUACAGUGGAGAGAUGUCUUUCUUCAGGAUCAGAACACAAAUACUCAAAGAAAGAGGACAUUAUCUGAUGCUUUUAAUUUUCAAGUUGUCCUAAUGAAUGAUGGUACAAUCAAAUUCCUUUACAAAACUCUUCCCAUCUCGGUGGCAUCGAUCUCCAAAAAGAACCACCCAGUGAAGAUCGGUCUCUCUGAUGCAUUCUACAUUGACACAGUACUAAAAAAUUAUGGAGUAAAACGACGGACAAUUUAUGAAUACCAUCGAGUGUCGUUUGGUUUAGAUCAGAUCGAACAGGGGACAGUCAUUAUUUUGACACCAUUGCCAACAUGCAACAUUGUAUCGGACUGUAAAACAUGCGUGAAUCAUAAAAACAUAAAGUUCAACUGUCAGUGGUGUAAUGCCGUCAACCGGUGUUCUGAUGGGUUUGAUUGGAAAAGAGAGCAGUGGCUCAAACGCGGAUGUAGUCAUAUCCAAUCAGCACUGAGCUCCUGCAAUUCUACAAAGCCAGCAGUGGUUACAGUAGUACCGACACCACGGCCAACAAUAGUAAGUGUAACGCCCACAGCAAGUCCGACAACAACAACACACACUGCUUCAUCACUGCUAACAAAGUCAUCUACUGUGCCAGCCAGUACAGUAAUGAGCACAGCUUCGUCGGUAUUAACAACAGCUUCUACAAUUAGUUCCACAACUUCUCCGGUAUCAAGUUCAGUGUCGAUAGAGGCAACCCAGCCAACAUCAUCCGUUACAUCCACGCACAGGAAAAUGGAUGUUAGUUUAUUAUCCUCGACUGUAGCAUAUCCGCAUAGCUCCAGGACUUCGAAAAAGUCGAAUCAAGAAGGAAUGACGACUAUGGAAGUUAUUGGCCUGACCGUUUCUCCGAUGAAAUCAAACCGGAAGACUCGGUGUGAUGAAAACUCGACUGAGGCCCACUGCCGUAUUCCAGAUGAACAUUUUCCAGUUGGAGCAGUGGUUGCGAUUGUUCUCAUCUUACUGGUGGUGUUUGGUGGAGGAGGUGCCUGGUUAUUCUACGCCUACACACACCCCACGUCUGCCUCAGGACUGUGGCUUAUGGAGCAUCGUCCAAGCCAGCUGAAAACGAAAAUGUCCAACAUGAAGUUCUGGAAGGCUGAUGAUCCAUCUGGUAGUAAAUACGCUGUAGAGACCACAGCAUAGACACAGUGUUCUAUCCACCGUCCUGGGUUACAAGACCAACAACAUCAUCAACACAGAUUUCCAUCCAAGUUCUGUACUAACAUGACAUCCUCAACAGAUUUCCAUCUGCUGUCCUAUACUAUUUCCAUCCAAGUUCUGUACUGACAUGACAUUAUCAACAGAUUUCCAUCCAACUCCUGUACUAACAUGACAUCAUCAACACAGAUUUCCGUCUGUUGUCCUGCACUGAUGCAACAUCAUCAAUACAGAUUCCCAUCUGCAGUCUUGUAUUAAAAAAUAACAUCAUUAACACAGAUUUUCAUCUGCAAUCCUGUACUAACAUGACAUCAACAGAUUUGUAUUAGCUGUCCUGUACUGAUACAAUAUCAUCAAUACAGAUUUCCUUCUGCAGUCUUGUAUUAAAACAUCAUCAAUUUACAGAUUUCUGUCUGCAGUCUUGUAUUAAAACAACAUUAUCAAUACAGAUUUCUGUCUGCAGUCUUGUAUUAAAACAACAUUAUCAAUACAGAUUUCCGUCUGCAGUCUUGUAUUAAAACAACAUCAUCAAUACAGAUUUCCUUUUGCAGUCUUGUAUUAAAACAACAUCAUCAAUACAGAUUUCCUUCUGCAGUCUUGUAUUAAAACAACAACAUCAAUACAGAUUUCCAUCUGCAGUCUUCUAUUAAAACAAUAUCAUCAAUACAGAUUUCCGUCUGCAGUCUUGUAUUAAAACAACAUCAUCAAUACAGAUUUCCGUCUGCAGUCUUGUAUUAAAACAACAACAACAUCAAUACAGAUUUCCUUCUGCAGUCUUCUAUUAAAACAACAUCAUCAAUACAGAUUUCCGUCUGCAGUCUUGUAUUAAAACAACAUCAUCAAUACAGAUUUCCAUUCAGUGUCCUGGACAGAUAGACAGACAGAGUGACAUCACCACAAUUUUAGAUUUUCAUUCACUUGCUUGCAUUAAAAUGUUAAAUGGUAUCAUAACCACAAAUAUGUUUCCAGGAACCGUUCUUUAUUAUACAUGACAAAUUGUGUGAUUUCUAUUGAUGCACACAAUCAUCAGCACAUAUUCCUGCUUUUGACAGUUUUCACUGCAUUACUAAGUCAGAUCUAGAGUUUCAUUCACAUGGUUUUACUAAAUGAUGGACUGCAUCAUCAACAUGCAUUUUCACCAGCUUUCCUCAACUUGUUUGUUUUGUCUCUGCUCAAUUUGUUUGUAAUGUUGCACACAGACCGAUACUUGACAUUGUGUAAUUCAUCAUUUUGCUGGAAACAAUUCUUUUGAAGUUAGUGGAGAUAACUCGGAACACGAAUUACAGACUCCAUUGAUAAAAAAUAACUUUAAAUUUACUAGAUAUUUGAAAAUGUCUCCAGUUUUCUUUCACAAUUAGUAACUUAUUUUUAUGUUGUAUAUACAUGUAUGGACAAAAUAAUUGUAUAUAGAUAGAAAAAGAUUAAAAAACAAAACAUUUUAGAAUCUUAAUGUAUGAAGAAAACAAAUUAUAGUACAAAUUAUUGAUACCAAUUUUGCAUUGAAUUCUACUGAAACGGUCUAUUGUAGUGCCGAGAAUAUUUGUUUGAUAUAAAUAACACAACAGUGUCAUGAAACAGACAAGUAUGAGUGGUGUAUGUGUGUGUGUUGUGUGUAUGUGUAUGUUUACGCAUACACGGUGAAACGUUAUUUUGACCACUUGUUAUUUUGUCAGCCCAGGACAUCUCGAGGUCCAGAAAUAUCUGAUGGCAUAAUGUUGACUAACAUCUGUUGUGUGUCUCUUGACUCACCAUCAUCUUAGGCUGUUUUGUUUUGGCCCUUCAACACUGAGUUGAUGACACGGUUAACUGAUCCACUUUCAAUAAGCAUUCCAUAUUCCUUUUAAGUUGACAUUCUUUUUGUAUAUUUGAUAUAUUUUUAAAGAUUUCUUAAUAUUACUGGCAUGUUCAGUGAUCACAUAAUACGGGAUUUAAAAGACUGCAUUACAGUUGCUGGGUACCUGCAUGGUACAGACCUGUCAUUCCUCUUUGCAGUUGAUUUGAUUGUUAAUUGAAUAGAGAUGUUCACUUUAAAUAGACAUGAAUUCAAGUUUUUGUUUUAUAUCCUUUUCAACAAACAGUUGCUUUACAUAUGUAUAUUUAUUAGUGGUAUGGCGUAUCUUUGAGGACACAAGGGUCUGUAACCUUGCAACUUAAUUGUUGAUUUUGAGGAUGAACACCAUUUGUAAUAUUUUCCCAAGUCCUUUUGCUUCUGUAUAUGCUACUUUAUUUUACUAGUAAUGGUGGUUACAGGUAGAAUACCGUAAAUUCCUGUGUAUUGCCAGUGGGCUAUAUACGUUUGGAAACAUUAAAAUUUCCCACUGCAGCUUAUCUACCACUGCAGGUUAUUGGACCCAUUCAGACCAGAAAUAAAAAAAACCAAACCGGAAUAUAACAAAAUGUCAAAAUUUAUUUCAAGACUGACAAACUCUGAAAUUGAUAUAUAUUGAUAUCAUACACCACUAAAGUCCGAACUUUCCAGUGUACUUUGAGAUAGCUGGAAUUGUGUUCAUUCCAGCUGCACUUCUAUGAUAGAUAGGGGAACAUCAUCGUUACUAUCCCUGUUAUCACUUAUUUCCAAGAUUUCAAUAAUUCAAUAAUUAUCCUGUUGUCUAUUGCCUCCCACACUUGAGUUAAGUUUAACAACCCAGUUCACAACUUCCCCAUAUGAAGCUCUGUGCAUACACCCUUCUUCUUUUUCAUUUCUUGCCUGUCAUCGGGCUCAAUGGAAAACCGGUAUCCAUGUUAGGUCUAAUAUCGCAAAUGAGGGCUAAUUCAGUCAUAGAAAUUCUAACUUACAAAUUGUGUUCACUAAUUUACACUUGCCCCCAGAGCAAAAUUACAAUAUAAGUAACAUGGUUAGGCAGUGACUGUUCAAACUAUUGUAGGCUUUCUAUCAGAGUGGGCAAACCUUUAUUGCCAAGUGUGGCUUAUCUGGUGCAUGCGGGCAAUACACAAUAAAUUACGGUAUGUGUUGAUGGUUCUUUGGGUUGGGUGGGUGCUUUUUGUAGGUUUUUAAAAACCCAGAAUUGUUGACAAAUUGUCAUCUUGUGAUGUAUGUCGAGGACUGCUAGUAGAGUUCGUUUUGGUGAUGCAUUUUAGAUGAUUGGAACUGUCUGCAGUAUCAAGGGAAUUCUACUUAAACCUAGCCAGUUUUUAGCCCCUGUGUGUAUAUGAUUUCUCAUAUAUACUUUUGUCUCACAUUAUCAAGAUGUAUUAGAAGUGAGCAGUUUAGUUUUUUAUGUCGAAGUGAUUUCAACACAUGGGGUAACAGGUACCUUAAAUUGCAAGUAAUUAGUAAGUCUUUGUUUCAAAUAUGAUUCAACAGGAAGCUGAUAGGUUACCACAUUAGAUAGUUGACUCGGUCUUAUUAUUUACUUAUGAAUCUUUGAAUUAUAAGUAGCAAUCCCUGAUGUAUGGCUCAUUUGAUAGCACUUUUUUUAAAGAUGAGGUUGUAAAUAUUACUGCAAAUUGAUUGUUAUAUUUUUACAAUGUGACCUAUCUGUGAUAUAGUGAAUGGCUUGAACAAACUGGUUGAAUCUGGUUUAGUAAUGUUUUCAGUUGAUAUAUUAUAUUUUCUAAACGACCACAUAAUUGUAUAUUGUUUGAAUCUCUGAUAGUGGUUAACAAUUUUGUAUUUAAUGAUUUAAUUUGAAAUAUGUUUUUCAAAGUAGCUCAAACAUUUCUUUCUUUUUUGGUAAGAUUAUUUUUAAGAGCGAUUGUGGGCUAUUUUGGAUGUUGAACCAAUAAUUUUCUUUUCUGAUAUUGUUUGGAGAGUUUUUACAACUAAAAUUGCAUUUUGGUAUUUUGAUUACUGAUCAUUUAAGGGUCCGUUUUUUAGCACUGAGUGGGUGGGGUCUUUUUUUUUUCAUUUGAGGGAAAGACUAUAUUCUCAGAUUUCAUCCUGCAUUUAUUAUUAUUAGACUUGUAAUUGUGCAGUUGAAGUAAUGGUACUCUUUGUGUUUGGUUGCAUUUGCUUCUUUUACCAUAACAUUGCUUUUAAAAAUAAGAAUUUAGUUGAUUUAUUUCUUGCACAUUUUGCAGUUUUAUUUGUAUAAAUGCUAUCAAAAUUUUAUAAUUUUUCAUUAGGCAUUGUCAUUUCUGGUGUAAAUUGCUCAUUAAACAUGUAUAUUGAUUUUCCUUUUUAGCCGUUUUAUACAUUUGCAAAAUGAAUUAAGUGUAUUAACAUGCUUUUUAGGAAUUGAACAUGAUAAUAAUUUUAAUCCCACCUUUAAAUUAUAUUAUACAGAAUUUAAAACACUUUUUUAAUGGUUUCUUAUUCACGUGACCUGACACAAUAUUUAGUUAGUUGUAUCAGCAUAUUACCUCUAAGUAAUAUGUUUGUGAAGAAUUUAGUGUUUUGUGAAAUUAAAUAAGAUACAGCUUAGCCAUAACAUUUACAGUUUUAUGAUUUGUAUUCUUUUUUGGGGAGUUGUUUUUAUACUUUUCACAAUGUUUAAUGAAACUAUUUCUAUGUUUUGACACCAUUUCCUUGAGAUCUUUUCACUCUUUAAUGGUAUUAUUACUAUUCAAUAUUUUAAAAGCUAUUUAGAACUGAAUUGUAUCAUAAAUAGUACAGAUUUGUUUUCUUUAUUGUAAUCUGACUAUUUUUGAAUCUAUUAAUUUAUUAGGCUAUUUCAGUUUAAUAUUGAAGAUCCUUGGGUUAAACAAAUGUAUAAAUCCACCUAUUUUAGUUAUUCUCAGUAAUAUAAUAUGCAAAGCUAAAUUGUUUUAUAUAUAUAUAUAUGUACAUAAUAAUUAUUAUGUUUAAGGCUAUGGUGACACAAAAAACCCAAAAACAUUUACGUAAUUGCAGUCUGAGUCAUGAUUUCAAUUAUUAAUUUAAAUACUUUUCCUCUUAAAUUAAAUGACAACAACUGUUCCAUACUGGGGGAUAUUUUGGACUUUUAAUUUGGCCUUUUUACACUAAGAAUGAGAAAACUCAUCAUGUUUUAAUGUUUGCUUGAAUGUUGGCAAAAGUAGAUACACCUACCUGCAAUUUCAGACAGUGAAUGUAAAUGGCCACAUGACAUAUCUGUAGAUUUGUGUGUAUGUUGUAUUUUUUAAACUCUUUAUUUUGACAUGGCAUACUUUAACUGUAUUUUUUCAUACUUAGCAUUCUAUAGUUAUGGUGUUGGGUCCAAUAUCAGACCAAGACCGCAUGGCUUGAAUAUUGUUCAAGAUCUUUGUAAAAUAGUCUUUAAAAACCUUUAUUUCUAUUUAAAAAAAAAAAAAAAAUUCUAAUAUGAUAUGCAAUAAUUAAUGUAAUAUGAUUUUGGGAUAAGAUUCCAGUUACCUGUGUCCUGUUAAAUAUAGUGUCCAUUCAUCCCUGCCUUGUGCUUAUAAAUAUACACACUUAUAUAUACAUUGCAUUUGCAUCUUUUUUUGUAGUAUGGCUAUUGCUUGAUCAUUACUCUGACAGUAAGAAACAAGAUUCCCUUUAUUUAAAAUAUAUUGUAUAAAAUAACUUUUGUAUUUAACAUUUAAACAAGGCCGUUUUCACUAUACGGUUUAGAUGCUAUGGCAGGCUAAAACAUUACGUUUUAAUUCAUGACAUAAUUAGUGACACAUGUUUGCAGCAAUAAUUUUGUGAUGGUUUUAAAAUGAAACAGAAAAUUAAGUUUUUAAUAUUUGAAAUAUUUUAUGAAGAAAACAUUUGGGCCAUUAUAUUUUUGCACCGUUCAGUUGCCAUUUUUUGACCCUUGGUGAUUAUAUAAUGCAAGAAUAGUUAUGAAUUGAAAGAACUUUAUAUUUCAUUUUUAAAUGGCAGAUUAUUUUGCUUUAAGCAUCUUGUAUUCAAUUCAAAAGCAUGAUCUUUCAAUGUACCAACGACCACAGACUUUUAAUGCCAUAGAUUUGAGCCCAAUUCCGAUUGUAAUGCACAAGCUUAGACAUAAAUUUACAUUUUUUAUUUUAAACUUUUUCAGGGAUUUUAUGGACAAAAUUGGUAGUGUUUUUAGGGGGUUUUCAUUCUUGUUGGUUGUCCAACAUGAUAUAAUAGAUAGUGUAGUCUUGGUGAAAGUAUGAAGGCACAUGUACACCUCAUUGUAUUGGCAUAAUGCACUCGGUACAUGGAAACAGUGCUCUCUUUGUAUAUGUUUGUAUAAAUAUUAUCUGUAGACUGUGUGUCCACAACAUUAUCCGCCCAUGUUUCUAUAUUGUUUCUACAGUGACUUUGUUGUUGGUGUGUUUUGUCUAGUUGUUGAAAUUACUGUUCUGUUUGUAAACUACUAAAAAAAUAUAUAGUAUUUGAAUUACUUUAAAGUAGCACUGUCGGAGAUUCAGUUCUAUAAUAUACAUCAUAUACAUUUCUGACAGAGGUAUUCUUUAUACUAAAAUAAGCAGAAAAAUCUAAUUCUACAUACUAAAUAUAAUAAUAAUAAUUUUAAUUCGAGAAAAUCCUUGUAUUAUUUUAAAAUAUGAUGUCCCAAUAAUAAUGAUUGCUGUGAAGAAAAAUUGUAUAUAGUAUUAUAAUUAUAAAGUAAUUGAAAAUUCUGCAAAAAAAGAAAAUCUCAAUUUGAUAGUGCUACUUUAAUAUUGUUAUAUAUUAGAUAAUAUCAUUUGUUUAAAAAUAGGGUGUGGCAUGUUGUUUGUAACUGAAUUAAUAAUUGUGUGAUGUUUUAAAGGUUUUAUGUUUAAAGAACAGAGUUUAAUUCAUUUUGUGUUAAAAUAUCAGGCUUUCAGUUAUUUAGAUGUUCAGCAGAAUUCUUUACAGAAGCCGAGUAACAUUGGUAUUUGAUCACUUUUAUACAAAAAUAUUCUGUAAAAAAUUUUUUAUUAUUAUUAUUAUUAUGUUUCAGACUUCGUCUAUGUACAUUUUGUUUUAAAACAACGAUAAACUUUAAAAGUGUGAUGUGUCACAAUUUUUUUUACUAAUAAAAUAUGUCACUUAAACUUUAACAUUUGAUAUAGUUUUAAGUUGCAUAAAUCAAAUAUGGUACUCAGUGAAGUGGUAAAUAUAUUUAUCCCUUUUUGUUGAUUUUCUGUGGUUAAAGGUUUAUAUAGUGUGAAAAAUUGAUGUUAUUAUUUGUAUAUUUUGAAAAUGUAAAUUUUUGAAUGAAAUAUUUAUUUAUUUAUAUUUAUCCAUGUUAAGUCAGUAGUUUAGACAAAACAAAUUGUAAAAAUGUGUUUUUUAAGUUUUUAGGGGUUUUUUUUUAAUGAUUUUAUUUAUGUAAACACAAGAACACUCUUUAGUUUGUUUUGUUUUCAGUGAGAAUAGUUUUUAAAACAAACCACAAUCAUGGCCUCUAUAUGGAAGAAUUACAUAAAGACAUAAACUUUAUUUCUAAUAUUUAUUUCAUUAGUAUUUUUGUUGCUUUGAGAUAUCUAGAAUAUACAAGUAAAAAAAAAAUUGGUUAAAGUCUUAUGACUGUUCAACAGUUAAAAAAAAGAAGAGAAAAGAACUGGUUACUAUUUUAAGUUAUAAUUUUUUCCUGCCGCCAGAAUUGCGAACACCAUGAGGCUCUGCCAAGUGGUGUUCACCACUUAUCCUGACCAGGAAAAAUCAAUAUCUUAAAACAGUAACUGGUUGUUUUAUUUAUCCUGCAAUCCUACAUAAUACAAAAAAUAAAUUUGACAUGCUUAUUGGUGACAUUGUUGCCUAGCAUAUUUAUACACCAAAACAAAACAGUUCUUAUUCAAAUAAUGUGUUUUAUAAUUAAAGAUAUUAAUUAUUAUGAUAUUUUAGCACCAUGUUGUUUAUUAACAUUGCAGGGUCAAAGGUCAACAUUCCUUUGCAGAUUAUAACUAAGGCAAAAGUAGUUCUGUCCUAAUAAGCUAUUUUUGUUCAGUGAUAUAAAAAUACAGAAAUGUAUCUUGUUGUCAUAUCUUGCCAGUGAUUGCAGGAUAAAUAUUUAUAGUGUUUGUUUUCAUCAUCCACCCCAAAAUGAAAAACAUACAGUUGUUUAUAAAAAAAAAACAGUGUGCAAAUAAAAUAGGAGGGACCUUAACUGUAUUAUUGCAUAAUUAGCAGAACACAGUUGAAUUAUAUGAUCUCUUGGUAAAAUGGAACAUAUCAGUUUUUGUUUUAUGUAUGUUAUAUGGAAAUAUAAAGCAUGUUAUACAUUAUUUUAAUCAAGAAUUUGUUAAGUUGGCAUUGAGAAUAAUUAAAUAUACAUGUAAUUAAAAUUUGACAUUUAAAAGUAAACAAAUUUAAAUAUAUUUACGUGUAUUAUUUAAUGGUGAUAUGUUUAGCAAUGUGAUAUAUACUUAACUUUUUUUGUUAGUUAAAGGUGACGUUACAUAGUGUAUAAUGCUUUUGGUUUUGAACAUCAAUCAGUUGAAACUGGAGAAUAUGUAUUAAAUAUUGUGUAUGUUUUGUAUUCAGUUUUGGUACUGGUAUUUUAUUUCUAAUGACAGUAAUCAAGCUCGACACCAUAGCUAGGGAGGAUUUCGGAGGUUGGUUCUUGUGGGAGCCCCUUCUUGCAAAGAUUCAUGUUGGUGUUAUUGUUUGUGAAUAAUCUCAAUAAAAAAUAUUAAAUUUA